UAUGAAAUCGUGACUUCUAUCAUCAGUGGGCUCAUGCGUCAUGAGCCUUGUUCACAACAAAACCACCAUAGAUUCCACCGAGCAGUACCCCAAGAUGCAUGCCUUAUUGGGUUUCCUGUUCCCCAUCCUUCUGGCCCUAGCGGCCUUUGUGCUCUCGCUGCUUGCCUCGCUAGCCGGAGUCAAGGCGGGCUUCAUGCCGGACUCCAACAUCGCGCUGCUCGACACUAGCCGCAUGGGCCUGGAUGCUGUCCUUGUCGGCAACAACGCUCCGUCUAUAGUCCGGAGGUCCCUGGGCAUGGGCAGCGGCAAAACCAACAACGAAAACAACAAGCUCAUCAACGGCACAAAGGACGAGGUCGCCAAGGCCAUCAAGGAUGCCGUCGGCCUUGACCAGUUCUACGCUGUCCACGCUUGGACCAUCUGCUCCGGCACCUUUGUGAAUAAGAACGACCCGAGCGGUGGCCUAGACGUCAGGGUGUGCUGGCCCCUGUAUCAAAUCAACCUGACCGAUCUCUUGGAGAUGGACCUCAAGCUCUCCGGCCCCGUCCGAGGGGCCAUCCGGGAGGUGGGUGCGGCUGCGCCCCGGAUCCCGAGGGUGAUCGGCGACCUCUUCACCACGGCCUAUCUCCUCUGCAUCUUUUCGGUCUUGCCGUCGGUCAUCGCGGCUCACUUUACCUUGCCGCGAGGGCCCGGAGGCGGCUACCACCGCCCGCCCUUCUGGACGCACGUUCUCAACUUGGCGGCCGCGGGUCUGGCGUUUGUCAUGCUGGUCGCCGCCAGCGCCGUCGCGACGGCUGGGGCCAACCGGAUUGCUCGGGCUGUGCGUGACGAGGCGGUGUGGCUCGGCAUGCGGGUCGAGGCCGGGGCCAGGUUCCAGGGCAUGGCGUGGACUGCGACUGCGCUCAUGGGCGUCGCCUCCUUGUAUCACGUGCUGGCGGGAUUUCUGACCUCGCGCAAUCGCAGCUCAAAGUCGAGGGUUUAG